AUGAGCUGGAAAAUUGACCUUGUAAAAGACAUUUUUGAAGAGGGUGAAGGUUCAGUGAUACUUCAAACUCCCAUUAGCUUUAUGAAUUCUAGGGACAGACUCAUCUGGCAUGGCACAAAAGAUGGCUCCUUUUCAGUUAGCAGUUCCUCCCACAUGGAGAAGGACAAAGAACUAGAAGUCAAAGGCCAAGUAUCAACCAGCAACAGUUUCAAAGGCGUGUGGAACAAAAUAUGGCAGCUUCAUACUACCUCUAGUGAAAAGAUGUUUUUAUGGAGAGCAUGUCAAGAUUCUCUCCCCAUUUAUGUCAAUUUAUUUAAAAGGAAGGUAGUGAGUGAUCCACUUCGCCCAAUAUGCACUAGAGAAGAAGAAAGCACCCUGCAUGCUCUGUGGAACUGCGAGGCAGCAAAGGAUAUUUGCUGUCUAUGCUCCAAAAAACUACAUAAAAGCAGUAGCUCUCACCUAACUAUGCUAGUUUUCUUUGAGACCUUGAUUGAAGUACUGAAUGCAGAUGAACUACAAGAAUUUGUGGUGGUAGCAAGGCAACUUUGGCUGAGAAGGAAUUCUUGCAUUUUUAACAAUCACUUCAUGCCCCCUAACGUUUUUCUCAGAGAGUCAAGACUGAGGUUGGAAAUGCUGUCUGAAAAGGGUCAACCACAAAUCCAUAGUAGAGACCAUCAGUUAUGUUCUUCAGCUAAAGUAUGGCAGGUUCCACCAUUGAAUUGGUUCAAAGUGAACUGGGACGGGGCAGUGGACCAAGCUAAGGGAAUUAUUGGUAUAGGGGUGAUUAUAAGAUAUGACAAAGGCCAGACCAUAGCUACCAUGAGGCAAAAGAAAACUUUCUUUCCUGACACCCAGCUAGCUGAAUCCUAUGGAGCACUAGUAGCUGCUCAAUUUGCUAGGGACGUGGGAUUGUCUCAAAUUGUCAUGGAGGGGGACUCACUACAAGUAACAAAGGCUCUUCAAGAAGAACAUGAAGCAUAG